UUUAGAAGAGUGAUUGACAGACAGUCGAAUUUGAUGUGUACAUGAGGAGUGUUUCAAAAUAAAUUCUUGUAUUAAUACUGAACUUUGAAGUAUUUUCACCCUGUUUCACUCAUUUUCCUUUGUUUCGUAAUGGAUGAAAACUUGAAUUCUAUUGGUUCCGAAGAGAGUACGUUUCCUGUGGAUGAUGUGAGUAAAAUUAUAAAAUCAGCUGUUGAAGAAGUAAUAGAACGUAAUGUUUAUCAACACAGCAAAGUAAAACAAUGGUCUGAUAAAAUUGUAGAGCAAAUUUUGAAUUCUCUGAAGGAUCUCCAUAAACCUUUCAAAUAUAUUGCUACUUGUGUAAUCAUGCAAAAGAAUGGAGCUGGAUUCCAUACUGCAAGCUCUUGUUACUGGGAUAAUACAACAGAUGGUAGUUGCACAGUUCGUUGGGAAAACAAAUCUAUGUACUGCAUAGUAUCUGUUUUUGGAUUAGCUAUUUAAAGUAAAACAUUUAUUGUAAAUAAUUUAAUGACAUGUUAUUUUAAUGUAUGUAGAUGUGCAAGUAAAUUUUAUUUAACAAAGCAAUUUUUAUGCUUUAAUGUUUAAGCUUCAAUAAAUUGUUAUAAACUUUGAAAAUUGAAAAGGCCUUUGAAAGGUGUAUUUCCCUAAAAAAUUCUCUGUGCUUUAAUGCAUUGUAUGGUGAUGCCUUGUACCUUAGCAUAAAGAAUUUGUACUAUAGUUUUACAUUUGAGAAAAAAAGAAAAAGAAAAAUGACAGAGAACUGACUUUAAAAUGGCUUUAAAGAUAAACUGUAAAUAGUGCUUAAUAGUAGUGAUGUAAAAUACCUGGGUAUUUAUUUUUAGAGGUAAAUACUCAUGGAUAUUCCCCAGGUAAAUACCCAAAGUGGGUAUUUACUAGUGAUGUAAAAUAUCUGGGUAUUUAUUUUUAGGGGUAAAUACCCAAAAUGGGUACUUACCCAGGUAUUUAUUUCAAAAAUUUAUAUUCAACUAAAAUACUUUUCUGGAUGUAUUCCACUAUGUAUAUAUAGGGUGUUUUGUUUUAACCUUCAAGACCUCUAUUUUUGCAACCAUUAGUCCUAGAUGCAAAAAUGUUCAAAAUCAGAAGCAGACAAGAUAUUGAAAAUUUGAAGUAAAAACUAGUAUGUUGUGGCCAUCACGAAACUUUCUUCUAUAUAUAUAUAUAUAUAUAUUUUUUUUUUUUAUCCCUCCCCAUGCUUGACGAGGAAGCAAUAUUCCCAGCAAAAACAAAAUUACACAUGCAAAAACUUGACGAUCAUCCCAAUGUCUGAAUUAUUACAAAAGCAAAGCAAAGAGCGAAAAUUGAAAGUUAUUUUAAAAGUCUUGCUUGAAUUAAUUACAAAUAUUUUAUUUGUUAACAAACCCAAGAUGGCAACAGUAAAAAAUUUUAAAUCAUCUCUAUUUUCUGGUUAUUUUCCAACAGCUAAAAUCACGCGAAAUACGCAGAGGACAAUCCAGUACAAUUUAUCUUUCUUAUUGUUGUAUUUAUAAAGUUAUUUUUAUUCACACAAAAAUAAAGCCCCCCAUGGAGUAAUUGGCGCCAAAAUUAAACCAACGCCUGUUUACAUAUGGAUUGACAUUUAUUCCAAAUUUCAUCCAGAAGGUAGCAUUACUUCUUGAAAUACGGAACUCACAAUAAAAAAAAAAGAAUGUUCGAUUGCGCCACCCCCUUUUUAGCUAUUGACACCAAAAUAGAGUCAGCACUUAUAUUCUCUAGGGGCUACUUGUCGAUAAAUUUUUCUUUGAUUCCGUUCAAAAUUUCCUGAGAUACAGCAGUCACAAUUGACGACAAUAAACGUUCUAUAGCUCAACCCCCGUUUGAGUUAUUGACACCAAAAUUGAAUCAGCACCUGUUCCUGUUAAUGGCAACAUAUGGACAAAAUUUUGUUUGAUUCCGCCAGUUACUUCCUGAGGAAUAGCAAGCACGCUUAACUCAAAAAACGUCCCAUUGCUCCACCCACUUGGAGGAAUUCGCGCCAAAAACCAAUGGGCACAAGUUCACAUAGGGGCACGUAUGUGUACCAAAUUUCGUUCGAUUUCAUGCGGUAGUUUUUGCUGUAGAGCGGCCACAAAAAAACUGGUCACACACAGACGUGACACACACACACAGACAGACAUUUUCCAAAAAUAGUCGAAAUGGAUUCGGCACACCUCAAAAUGUUCGAAUCCGUCAAAAUUCGAAAAUUUGCACGAAUCCAAUACUUUCUUCUAUAUAUUAGAUAUAGAAGAAAGUAAUAAAAAUGAAUAAAAAAAUACAAAUUUUAACUUUUUACACGGGCCCCAGGUCCUCUGACUUAUAUUUAGGGAAAUAAUAUCCGUUGAAAAACAAUUACAAAAAAAGUUUUACAUUAGUACGACCAAUAUUCACUGAGAUAUGAAACGCAGCGUUUUGUGACUUACACCACUUUACACUCGCCCUCAGUAACAUCUUUUGAGGGAAAAUAUAGCAGUUAAUGAGUGUUUAUAUAAAAUUAUAUGUGUUAAGAGCGUGGUUUUUCAAAUUGUUCAAGGUGUUGCGUAUCACGGCAUAACAUUUGCAUGAAUUUUUGAAUAGAAAUGAAAAAUGUAAAUACCUUGUGUUUUUUACUUCGCCAACCUAUUAUUCUUCUGAAAGGGUAAUAAGUUCUAAUCUCAUCUUCUGCAUGGUCCCUUAAAACUUUCAAAUGGAAUAUCUCCUUGAGUUUUGAUUGCACAAAUGUCAAGUUUUUUUGUGUCAGUAAGUUUUAAAUGCAGAUCAUUUCUCUAAAUAUAAGUUAGGUGACCUAGGGAAGUGUAAAAAGUGAAAUUUUGUAGUUUUUGACUCAUUUUUAUUUUUUGCUUCAAACUUUCAAUAUCUUUACUCUGCAUCUGAUUUUGAAUAUUUUUGCAAUUGGAAGUUUGCAUCUAGGACUAACGGUUGCAAAAAUAAAGGUCUUGCAGGUUAAAACAGAACGCCCUGUAUAACCACAGAACAAAAAAUUUUUCCCUAAAAUUUGUAUUUUGAUCACAUAUUUAAAGAAUUUUUGUGUGAAACAACUCAGCAAGCUAAUAUCAGACCCCGAAGUGGUUUUUUGAGGAGAAAAAGUAGGAAAUAAGGAAUCAAAAAUUAGAAAAGUAGGAAAAGAAGGAAAAAAAUCACUUAAAAAAGUAGGAAAAAAUAGGAAGAGAUAGGACUACACACACGUCAAGACGACUGACAGUCAUUAGUAUGAAAAAUAAACUGGUGGAAACAAAGAUAUUAAUUACAAAAAUAUGAAAAUAAAAUACAAAGAAAGAAACACCUUUCAACAAUACAGUAAUAAAAUUUUUAAGUGUGAAAAAAAAAAAAUUGUAAAACUCCUAUUUUUGUGCAAUAAAACCAUUUCUGUAAAAGAUUAGUUUUGUCAAAGACGAAAACAUUCGAGAGCAUUCAUUUAUCAUUUGAAAAUACUCUAACACUUUCAGCUCAUGUUGUCAUAAACUAUGAUACAAAAGCAAAGGAAAUAUUAAAUUAGUUUUAGUUGAAAAUAGUCAGCAGCUGACAUGCAUUCUUGCACAAACAGAGGCAGAUGUUUAAAUUUGAAAAAAUCGGAAAAAGACUGAAAAUGCAGAACUAAAAAAAAUUUGUUCUUAAAUAUGGGACAUAAAAUUUAUAAUAAAAUAAUUAAACUAAAUAAAUAACGAAAUAAGUAAACUAAAGGGUUUGUGUACUAUGUUAUGUAUUUUUAGCAUUCAACAUACAUUUUUAUUUAAGGCACGUCAUUUAUGGGGGUCAGUGGGGUCAAUUUCUCCCCUCCCUGGCUUUGGAAAAUUAAUGCUUAACUAUACAAGUUUGGGCUCUUUUUGUUGUUUUCGGAUAAAAUUUGCAUUUAGUAUACAUCCUUCGCUAGCCACCACCAGGGGCGGGGGGGGGGGGGGGGGAGAUCAAUGUGACGGCCAGUUUUAAUUUUAAUCAAGCAAUAAAAACGAAUAUUGUUUUAAUGGUUUGAUGAUUUUUACCUCCCUCUUGAUCCAAAAUUUUUGUCACCAAAAAAAAAAAAAAAAGGAAACAUCCAUGCAUGGUAACCAUAACAUUUUUAUCAAAAACAAAGAUCAGUUUCUAAUGUUUCUCUGUGCAUAAAAGGGAAGGAAUGUAGUUUCUUCUCAAUCCUCACCAUACAACAAAAAUUUUCAUUCGGAAAUUGUUCACGAAAUUGAGAGAGAGGGGGAGCACCUGGCAUCAAAUGCCUGCAUAUAUCUCUUCCUCCCCCCUCCCUUUGAUCAGAAGUGCUAAGUACUAUAACUUACAGUAGAUGCGCCGCAUCGGUAUGCUUGCCGCACCCCGAAAAGAGUAAGAGUCUUUCAAAAAAAAAUUUUAAUAUUCAGAAAUUCCGCAUUGCCAUAAACACAGCACAUAAAAAUGAUGAGUAGCUCCUCGAUAUUGAUGACAUAUCAGAGUAGAAAAUACCCAUGAAAAAAAAAAAUUGCUUGUGGCUCUAUCCCCCAACUUUUAAAAAUGUGAAGAAAUAAAAACGGAAUCUCCCAUUUAAAUUGAUUUCCGAUUUUUCUCCAAAAAUUGGGAACGUUUUGCCCAUCCAGGUUUUGCCGCUCUUUUUUUUUGCAAAUACACUCUUUACAAGGAAAGAAAAUGAAAUUUUAUAAAUUUUAUAAUCAUGUUUACGAUUUAGAAUGAACAAUAAUCAUAUUUAUGUAUGAAAAAAGUUAGUUUCUGCGAUUAUUUUUGAAGUGGUCCGUUUUUGUGAAUUUCUGUUAUCUGUCGAUUUUAUUUCGUAUUAACAUUAAUAAAAUAUGUACAGUGUACAAGUUUUUCAUUUUUUGCUUUCUUAUGUUCCUUUUAAGGUUUUACAUUGCCUUUCUGUUUAAAUAGAGCUCCAUUUCACUUGUAAUCAUGCAAACAAUUUGCGAAUAGGAAAUUCUGCUUUUCUCGAACUUUUUGAACAGUCGGCCCGUUUACUUUAACUAAAGUUUGUAAUUGACGGGUAAGUAAUACAUGAUUGCAUCAGAAUGUGCCAGUAUCUUUUUUUUUAGUUUCGUUAAAACAGUAGGCUGAAGUUGGGGCGAUAAAAAGAAAAGUUGAUUGUAAAUGCCGCAACGGCAAAAAAGUUACUUACGAAAAUUUAACUUUUAAACACGCAAACUCUGCAACGUUCUUGUUCUUUCCAGAAAUUAAUGUAGUCAGUCAAUGAAAAGCUCAGGAUCUGCUUGCUUCUUUUGAUUUUCAAAAUUGAAGCAUGCAGAAAAUUAUAGGUGCGGCAUUGUAAAAAUAAGAAUCAAUGCACAAUUAAAAAUGCUAUACUAAAGAAAGAAAAAGUAAGAAAAAAAAGGAAAAAGUAGGAAAAUAAGGAGAGAGAUCUGAAAAGUAGGAAAAAUAGGAACUCUUCGGGAUCUGUAAUAUGAUAUUCACAUUAAAUGUGUUGGAUAUGCCUAAUCGAUGUUGAUAGCCAAAUUUCACAUAUAAAAAGCCAUUCUGCAAAAAGUAAAAAGCUUAACUGGUUACAAUAAAAAAAAGCAAACAUCUUCUCCAAUUAUGGCAUUGAAAAGAAAGAUUCUUUGGUUCACGAUAUGUUUCUUUUAUAAUUUCAUUAAGUCUUUUAAUAAAAAAUAUUAUAAACUGUGUAAUACAUAUGUAUGUAUCAAUUUUACCAAUUAUUUCAUAUUUAGAUUUAAAAAAAAAAAAUUCUCAUUCACUUUUUGCAUUUUUUUGUAAAAUACCCAGUUUUUGGGUAUUUACCCAGGCCUUGUGUAAAUACCCGGGUAAAUACCCAAAAAAUAUUUACCUACCCGCUGGGUAUUUACCCGAUCCACAUCACUAGUAUUUACCCAGGUAUUUAUUUCAAAAAUUUAUAUUCAACUAAAAUACUUUUCUGUAUGUAUUCCACUAUGUAUAUAUGUUACUGUUAAAGUAUAUAAUGCAGUUAGUUUAUAGAAUACCUAGUUAUUCCAUGAAAUAACUGAUUGUGUCCGUUAAAGUGUGUAAUAUGUUAUUAAUUUGACACUUUAACUAGUUAUUCUAUGAAAUAACUAGGUAUUCUAUAAUUUAACUAAUGAGAGACGGUUAAAGUGUAAAAUAAACAAUUUUUCUAAAAUGAAAUAACUAUAGCUUUUCUAUAAAUAAACUAAUGAUAGACAAUUAAAAUGAAAAAGAAGCAAUUUAUCUAAUUUAUACAGCGUAUAAAUGGUGUUUAUGGAAAUGUACCAUAAAAUCAUUUGUUACAACAAGGAUUACUAAAAUGACACUUGGAAUUACAAAGAACAUUAUUUCUGAAGCAAAAACAUUUUUUGUUGACACACUGGGUUUUACUUGAACAUUUUUUUAAUCCCUGACCACUACCUGGAGGGGGAAGGUAAAUGCAUUUGUCGUGCAAGAUAUAUGAUAUAGAUUAUAUUACACUUUAACGGGCUGCAGAUCAUUAUACUAUGAAAUAACUAGUUGAACCAUGAAAAACAAGAGAGUUUUACACUUUAACGGUCACAAUCAGUUAUUCCAUGAAGUAACUAGAUAUUCCAUAAAAUAAUAGAUUUCAUACUUUAACUGUAACAUAUAUACAGGAUCUAUUCCAAAAGUAAUGCAAUAAUUUUUUUUAAAAGUAAUUUAUUGAACAGAUUUGCACAAACACUGAAAAUUCUUCAAAGUAAUGUCCUUAGGCUUCUGCACAUUUCUUCCAUUGUCUCUGUCAUGACUGGUAAGUAAGUGCCCUGAAAAGCGUUUUUGGGGACCUCCCCUAAGGUCUUCGUCACAUCUGAUUGGAUCUCUUCUAGGGAUGAAAAAUGAGUUCAUUUCAAGCCUGCCUCAAUCCAAGGGAACAAAAAGAAGUUUGCCAGGGCGACGUCAGGUCUAUAGAGGGCUGGGACAGCGUUUUCACCUGGUGUAUAGCCAGGAACUCACGGAUUUGCAUCGCGUUAUGACAAGGCGCUUUGGCACGAACUUGCCCCACACUUUUCUCAUCGCUAAAUCUUGAGUAAUACGAAAAUCAGCAGUACACAACAUGUUCAGUUCAUUUGCCCAGACCAUCUUGAUAGUCAAUCGAGGGUCAAAGUUCAACAAUUGAGGAACAGGAGCCACAUUGUUGUCGGCUUUGCUGGUUGCCGGCCACCCAGAGCGUUGUUCGUCUUGAACCUCUUCCCGGCCCUUUUUAGAGGUCUUAAACCACCUCAAAACUUGUGAAUAGGACAGAGAAGAGUCCACGUAAGCCUCAAGAAUCAUUUUGUUAAUCUACUCAAAAGAUUUUGCUGUUUAAGCAACAAAACUUAAUCUCGUACCAUUUUUCUUGUGACACGGUCGAUGCGCAGAGGUUAACAUUAACUUACGUUCGUCCACUACUACAGCUUGGAGAACCCUGAGACUGGUUCUCCGGAAAACCUUAGGGUCCCCCUCACCUAAACCAAGUAGUUCAAUUAUACUCUGACCAAUAAAAGCGACCUGGAAGAAACCAUUGCAUUACUUUCAGAAUACACCUUGUAUAACCAACCAUAUACAAAACAAUAAAUUUUUGCCCAAAAAUUGUAUUUUGAUCACAUAUUUAAAGAAUAAUUGUGCGAAACCCCCUAGCAAUCUAAUAUGAUAUUCACAUUAAAUGUGUUGGAUAUGCCUAAUCAAUGUUGAUAGCUAAAUUUCAGAUAUAAAAAGCCAUUCUACAAAAGGUAAAAAGCUUAACUGGUUACAAAAAAAAAAAAAAUCUUCUCCAAUUAUGAAAUUGAAAAGAAAGAUUCUUUGGUUCACAAUAUGUUUCGUUCAUAAUUUCAUAUUUAGAUUUAAAAAAAAAAUCCCAUUCACUUUUUGAAUUUCUUUAAUAAAAUACCCAGUUUUUGGGUAUUUACCCAGGCCUUGGGUAAAUACCCAAAAAAUAUUUACGUACGCGCUAGGUAUUUAAGUGAUCCACAUCACUACUUAAGAGUAAAAAAAACUUAAUUCUUUAACCGUACUACUGCUGUUGAACUAAAUUUUUGAGGUUGGAGCAAAAAUUAUGAUACAAGAAUAUUUACCUGUACACUAAAGUGUUGUUAGCAUUGUAAUGUAUGCAGAUAUAAUUUAAAUGAAGUGGAAUAAUUGCAAAAACUGUGUAUCCAUUUUUGGUUACAUAUGAUUUUAUCUAUUAUUAAAUUUAAAAAAUUUGUUCAUACGUAUUGAGUUGUUGAAAGAAUUAAUUUUAUUUUUUACUUUAAUUUAAAAUUAAAUGACUGGUGCUAUAUUUUCUUUAAUGCUGUAAUGAAGUCAGUUCUAUUUUUAUAACAAAAGAUUUUUUUUUAAUUCUCUUGAACUUCAUAAAUAUAUUUUAAAGUUAACAUGUUGUGACCAUUCAUAUAAAAAAUAUAACUAUCUCUUAUAUUUUUUAUGUGAAUACUUUGCAGUCCUUUUUCCUUUUCUCAGGAGUGACUAACCUUUUGAGUGAACUAGCACUGAAAAGUAAUUUGCAUUAAUUCUUAUCUGAUACUUUUAUGACAACUUCAUUCAUGCUGUUUAAAUAUUAAUGGUCACUCUGAAACAUGAUCAAAUAGAGCUGUCCCCUAUUUCUUAUUUUCGUAUUGCCAAUCAUUGUUUUAUUGUGCUAUACUUUGUUUCAAUUUAUUUUUCAGCUUAAUAUAUUAAAUACCAACACUUUUUAAAUUUAUCAUUUGGAAACAUUUUUUUUAUUAUUAUAAAAAGAAUGAUUUUGCUGCUAUAGUAGUGUGUUGUUUUAUUCAAAGUAAUUUGCUUUUUAAUGUUAUUCCCAAACAAGUUUAUAUUAAUAAAUUUAUAAAUUUUUGUUGAGUAU